AGAACAAUUUUACAACCCCAUGUGGGUAUUGUUACGGAUUGAAUAAUACCUAAUUAGGUAUCGAUGGAAUGCCUAAGAUGCAGCUUUCUUGGCAGCCCGGGUUUUCUCCGUCCAGGAAGCCCCUGAGAAGGUCAAGAGCACAUAGAACCAAACGGGGAGCAUUGGGAAAUGCAGACGGACCGCAGCAAUUUGAUUUUAUUGCAGAGGACCCUGUGAGAUAUCAUAGGGCAAAACACUCUUCUUCGCCGGUCACCUCUAGACAUUCAGCCACUCCUGUUGCGCCUAUAAUCAGAUGUGAGGCAAGCUCAGACCCUAAUGCUGUCCAAGGAACCCGACUGUCUAAUGAGCCGUCAAUCGAGGGCUUGAGUGAUACAUCGUUGAUCGAAGGCGGUGACUCUCCAGACUUGGAGGCCAUUUACAGAACGACCGAGCCUUGCCCCAAUCCAGGCAACAGCGAAGACCAAUAUGCGUCUUUACGUUUAUCUGGGACCACUACGGAGAGCCAACUUCAGAGACCUGAGGGGGGCAAGACCGGUUUUGGUGCCUCUGAAGGCUCGAGUCAAGUGGCUACUAUAGUACCAUGCUCUCCUUCUGCCUCUAUACCACCGACUAUGCUGUACAGCAGCCUUUGGCAACGUUUUAGGCCCAUCCUCGAAAGAUAUAACAGGGAGUUUUGCAGAAUUCCAUUGACUUCUGACCUACAGGUCAAUCCGUUCCGAUACCGGACAGACCUCAGUCCGGAACCCAUGUUUCUGGUUCACGCUGUGAUGGCAUUAGGGGGUCAUCACGUCGAGAGCACAUCAACUCAAAUUCAUCGCCAGGCGGCGCUUCAAUUGCUCCGCGAAAACCUCGGCACGUACAGUAAUGCGGGACAUGGUUAUUCCAUGCUCGACACAAUCAUCAUCUUAUUCUCCUUAGAUGAAACCCAGUCCGCCCUUGGGAAUUGGCGAACACAUCUUGUAGGGGCCUAUGCCCUCAUCGAAGCUUGCGGUGGUAUCGAAGGGUGGGCCAAGUCUGCUCGGACACAGGUACAAAUCGGAAUGCUCACAUGGUGGGAUGCAAUAAUUAGUCUAGUCAACAGAGAAGACUGCGUGUUUCCUUAUGCAUACUUUGAAGGUGCAAUGUCGAGUCAUGAUGCCGGAGAGUGGGAUUUCUUUGGACUAUGCGGUUGUCCACCAAGUCUCGUGAAGAUUGUGAUGCAAUUGGCGCGCCUGAGUGCAGAAAAGCGAAAAUCAUCAUCAAUGCAGUAUGUCACAUUCGACAGUACUGUGGUCUCGGAAAUGGAGCAGUCACUUGAGUCCUGGCAUCACGUGUUUUCUGCAACAGCUUUUCAAGAUGAAGAGUGCAUGCAACAAGAUCUAGACCGCAUGCAUUGCUCCGAGGCAUGGAGAAAUGGCCUCCUUCUCUACAUAUACAGGGUGUUUCGAUGGGAACCUGGAAGCAGCACCCCGAUGCCCAUUUUGUACCGCGCAAGGGUCAUUAUGGACCACGUCGUUGCGUGUCGCGACGAAAUCAUGGUGUCCCGGCAGGCCUUGUUGCCACUCUUCUUUGCGGGCUGCGAACUGAGAGAUGUAUCGUCACGGAAGCAGAUUCUCAAGCUUUGCUCUGUUUGGAACGAGAGGACUCGAUAUCACAUGUUUCGCAGCACCAUACCCCUGCUGGAAGAAGUCUGGGCGGAGCAAGCGACGAGAGGUUUCGAGAAUGUGUGGUGGGGCCAAGUCGUGGAUAAACAACAUAUGGUCUACUGUCGUUCUCCCUUGCCAAUGCGGAUUUGCUUUGGCUAGGUAUAUAUACCUUGUCCGAUUUCAGAUGCAUGC